CACGGUUGAAUUCAGAUGGUUGUGACGCACUGCCAAAAUGUCAAAAUGUUCAACAUCACUUUCUUUCUUUGCACUCAUUUUCAUCAAUAUUGAAAAUUAGCUGCACUGUUCUGUCGACUAAUAUUAGCAUCACUUGAUCACCCCCCAAAGAAUUCCAUUAUCUUUUCUUAAAUUGCCUCCCCUCCGACUACUACAUCAGUGGCUAGCGAUUUCAUUUGCAAAAUAAAUUUGUUCUCUUCAUGACAUCUUCUCCUCGAAAAUAAAUGAAAUCCCACAGCCCUUUACAGUCGUUCCCCACUCUUCUCUGUUUUCUCGCCUCUAGUAUACUUCUUCAACUUCAUCCCGUUUCGAGUAAUCCGGCGGAAUUUUAUGAGACCUGUCGGAAUGAAUUCAGCUGCGGCAGCAUCACCGGAAUAGGAUAUCCUUUCCGGGGACACCAAGAUCCCGCAUACUGUGGCUAUCCCGGGCUAGAGCUAAGAUGCGAUCAGAGCAGUAAUGUUACAAGACUCGAUAUCAAGAACAUGACAUUUUGGGUCCUGGAUGUCCAUCCAACCGCCCAGACUUUGAGGGUUGCUAGAGAAGACGUGAUGCAGAACAACUGUCCUACUGAUUUAGUAAACAUGACUUUGGAUUACACCCUGUUUGAUUACUCCACGAGUUAUAUAAACGUCACGUUUAUCUAUGGCUGCCUAGUCAAUGCACCCAAUGUUGUUUUCUCAUGCGGGAACAAUAGUCUGUCGGUCUUGCCUGGAGAAGUUGGUGCUGGACUGUGUAAGGCCAGCGUGGUAUAUCCGGCACUUCAAACGGGUGAUAGAGGCUCCUUUAAUUUUACUGGCUUGGAUCAAGUCCUCCGGCAAGGGUUCGACAUCAGAUGGAUAGUGGAUACUGGCAUAUGCAAUGAGUGCACCAAGUCCGGUGGAAGGUGUGGGUACGGUGGUGGCACAAAUCAAAAUCAAAAUCAAACUACUUGUUUCUGCCCAAAUCCGCCCUAUGUCCAGUCUGGUUCUUGCUCAUCAAAUUCAUCACCACCACCUUCACCUUCACCUUCUAGAGGCAGUAAAAGUGGUCCCGGCACUCCAGUAGUUCUUGCUAUAGUAGGUGCAGUCCUUGCUGGUGUGGGUCUUGGUUGGUUAAUUUUCUGGUGUAGGCAACGGAGGAGACGGCUUGCUGCUGCUAAAGCUGCAGAGAGUUACCAGACUCAGAGCAAGGAUAAUUCAACCACUGCUGCUAGCAAAGCCCCUACUUCUGUGCCUUCAACUGCUUUCACGAAAAGCAUCCCUUCUUAUCCUUCCUCAAAAACUGAAUUUGGAAAAGAAAGCUCCUAUUUUGGUGUCCAGGUCUUUAGCUACAGCGAACUUGAGGAAGCCACAGAUGGUUUUUCUCAAUCUAGAGAACUUGGAGAUGGUGGCUUUGGCGCUGUAUAUUAUGGUGUUCUUACUGACGGUCGCGUUGUUGCAGUCAAGCGGUUAUAUGAAAAUAAUUUUAAGCGUGUUGAGCAGUUUAUUAAUGAAGUUGAGAUCUUGACCCGUUUACGGCAUCCAAACCUUGUGACACUAUUUGGAUGCACAUCCAAAAGAAGCCGUGAGCUGUUGCUCGUGUAUGAAUAUAUACCAAAUGGAACUGUGGCCGAUCAUCUACAUGGGAAACGUGCCAGUUCUGGUUUGCUAUCUUGGCCUGUCCGACUGAACAUAGCCAUUGAGACAGCUGAUGCAUUGGCUUAUCUUCAUAAAUCAGAUAUCAUACAUCGUGAUGUCAAAACCAACAACAUCCUUCUAGACAAUGACUUCCAUGUAAAAGUCGCCGAUUUUGGGUUAUCAAGGUUGUUUCCCAACGAUGUUACGCAUGUAUCUACAGCUCCGCAGGGGACACCCGGAUACGUUGAUCCUGAGUAUUAUCAAUGCUACCAGCUCACUGAAAAGAGUGAUGUUUACAGCUUUGGGGUGGUAUUGAUUGAACUAAUUUCAUCGCUGCAAGCUGUUGAUACUAACAGGCACCGUCAUGAUAUAAAUUUGGCAAAUAUGGCCGUCAACAAAAUCCAAAACCAUACAUUACAUGAAUUGGUAGAUUCAAGUCUGGAGUUUGGGACAAAUAGCCCUAUGAGGAGGAUGACAACAUUAGUGGCUGAGCUAGCUUUUCGGUGUCUGCAGCAGGAGAGAGAUAUGAGGCCUUCAAUGCAAGAAGUAGUGGAUGCUCUUCGAGGAAUUCAGAAUGAAGGGUUGAAUACUGCAAAGGUGGAGGUGGUGCAUAUCUUGGUUGAUGACGUCGCGCCGCUCAAGGAUAAUGUUGUCCCUACAUCGCCUGAUUCAGUUGUUCCUGAUAAGUGGCUUAGCAGCUCGACACCAAAUUCAAGCGGGUGACGUUUCUGACUGGCUAUGCUUUUUCUCUUGUAAAAAAAGAUUGUACUAGAACAAAGUUCUUUGUUUCUCAAUCGGUAACAUUUAGAGAUCUUUGCUGUUUCCUCAUAGCACUACAUUUUUGAAAAUUUAUUGGCCUUUGCUGUUUCCUCAUAGCACUACACAGGAAAUGUAUCUACUUAUUCUGUAAUAGAAAACAUAAGCAAGUGAUUAUAUCAAUUAUUGUGGAGUUAGAGGGAAUGUACAUAUUGUUGAAUGGAGCU